AGAGCGGGGUGCGGGCGGCAUGAAGCGGAGCGGGCCGCUGGUGCUGGGCCGAUGGAGGCCCUGCGCCCGGGAGCCGGCCCUUUGCCCGGGCCUGGUGUGGCUGGAGCGGGCGGCCGACCUGCUGCAGGUGCAGCGCAACUUGGCGGGGGCGCUGGCGGCCUGCGAGCGCGGCCUGGAGUGGCUGGACCGGCAGCCGGGCGGCAGUGCGCCCCGAGCCGCCGACAUCAGGUCGUCCCUGUGCACCAUGGGGCUGCAGGCGCUGGCCGAGCGACGGCAGUGGCGCCGGGCCUGGGACUGGCUGCUGCAACAGUACGGCAGCCCCGACCGAAUCCCCGCCGCUCUCCUCCAGCUCUGCAUCAUCCUAUACAGCAAGGCUGGAGAGCCUGGCCAAAUACAGCAGGCCGUCAGCAGCUGGCUUAAGAGCAAGGCCAGCACAAGUGCCCCAGGAAGUGUGGGUCUGGUGUUUGAGUUGUAUAUACUGCAUGUGCUGCUGCCACUUGGUCUUUAUGCAGAAGCGGAGAAGGAGAUCAAGGAUACCACAUUAUUGACGGAGCAACAGAAGGAAUCGGUGCUGGAAGUUGUUUUGCGAAAGAGACCCAAACUGCUGGAGCAAGAAUUGGCGGAGAGCAGGAGCCAGGUUCCAGCAGAAUGCAGCGAACGCAGACAAUCUGCACAAUACACACUACGCCAUAUGUUCCGGUUAAUUCAGCAAGUGGUGGAGUUGUGUCGUAGAAGUCUGCGUUUGGUUUCUCUUCGCAAGCUGCUUCUGGCCGUGUUCGUAGCCUAUCUGCUGGUCAUCAGGCUGGACCCUGCCUCUCCAGUCACCUUUUCCUGUUUAACCAGUGUACGACUCUUCCUCAAGUCGACAUGGGACAUUAUGUUCUCUCCUUACUACAAGACAAGGCUUGGCCAGUGACUUCGGCAGGAGAGUUGGUUAGUUAAACACCACAAUCUAAUGAAUCUAGAAAAUGAGCAAGUCCUGAUGCUGGGCUCUUGCUCCAGUGAAGUUCGCUCGAACCAGCUUGGCAUAUCAGACCUGCAGUUGAUAGUCUCACUGUGCAACAGGCACAGCCUUCAAUGUUCCUUUCUGUAAUCCCUUUCAGUUCCACUCUGCAUUGAAGGGGUUAACUAUCUCUGUCCCUCGGUUGCUUCAGUGGACUGUUAAUCAGUGCAUUGGGAAGGGAGGAGGGGACUGUGGUGCCAAAGUAUUUGGGUGAGAGGAGUGAAUAUCCUGCGGGGUUUGGUGUUUGUAAAGAAGACUUUUCAUUAAAGGACACAUUGAAGGAAAUUUAUGUCAGCCGGUGCUCCAAUGAAACAGACUGCAAGCCGUUGUGAAUACAAUAUCCACUUUAACAAAGGGAACAUCCGUCAUAGGUUGACGGCCCAGUAAACAUCACGGUAAGAGGCAUGAGUAGCCUUUGUCUAAUGUUGUAUCAAUAAAUGGAACUUGGCUUUCAUUAUAAACAGAACAUAAUGUCUUUGGGGCCAGAACCCCUCGACCAACCCAAUUGUAGUCAGAUAUGACAACUGCGACUGAGUUACAGGUGUGACGUGUGUAUAUUUGUGACAUCUGGAUAGUCGACAAUAAAGAUGUACUUGAAAGGUGUU